AUGAGGAAACUGGUGUUCAUCCGCUGUGUGCCGUUGGCACUAGUGGUGGCUUUGACCAUCCUGUUUGUUUUGAACAUUGCUGUGUUUCAGGGAAACCGGGAACAUCGGACACUCACAGAUCCACUAGUUGAGAUACUCGGGCAUGAUAAGGUGCCGAAAGAGCAACGGUGCCAGGACUAUUUUACACAUUUGGCCAGCUCGCUAGAUAGAGACGCCUUGUUGGAGAACUCGACGCCAAGGAAGCAGUGGAUCCGGACUUUUGUGGGGCAUCUUCGGGCCUAUGGAGCGUGUUUCCUAGAAAGCAAGGUGGAGGUGAAAAACGGCAUUGAGGAAGUGGAAAGGAAGCUUUUUCCGCUUUUUUCAGGGAGAAUGCCCGUGGUGACAAAGUGGGACGGCACCGUUGUGCCAGGAUCAGAAAAGAAGGGCUCUUCGUUCUGGGGAAGAAUGAAAAACGGCUUUUCCAAGAAAGGAAUCGUCUUCAGCAUGAGCGACGCCGGCGUCGAAGAAGCAAAACGGCUCCUCCGGGUGCUCCGGCUUCUAGAAAACGAUUUGUCCAUUCAGAUGGUGCACAAGGGCGAUCUUUCGCCAGACUCGAUACAGAAGCUUGUGGAGGUUGCUCGAGGUGAAGUGGACUUUGAAUAUGCCAAAUCGUCGCUAUAUCCGCCUCAGGAUGUAUAUUUUGUGGAUGCCAGCGGGUCGCUUGCUGACGGUGCUUUCAAGUACUUCCGUCGUUUUUCCAACAAGUGGAUAGCCUCGUUGUUCAACACCUUUGACGAGAUGGUGCUUAUGGACACAGAUGUGGUGCCGUUCGUGAAGCCAAGGACGCUUUUCAGCUACAAGGAGUACCUGAAACACGGAGCCUACUUCUUCAGAGACAGACUCACCAGCGAACGCACCUGGACCACUCCCAUGGGUUUCUUCAGAAGCCUCCAUCCGACAUUAGAAGAGCAACGGGCAUUUGACAUUCACGAUUACACCGAUGUUGCCGAAGCCACGGGCUUUUUCCAGUCGAAAUCCAAACACGUCAUGGAAAGCGGCAUGGUGGUGAUGAAAAGAUCAACACAUUUGACCGGGAUGCUUAUUUCCACGGCUUUACAGUUUUGGCACGAAACAAGCGGGCCUUUUUAUGGUGAUAAAGAGCUUUUUUGGCUAGGACAGAUUUACGCCGGUCAGGCUUUAUUCACCUUCAAUGGCCAGCACGCUGCUGGGAUAGGAGAGCUUCAAGAAACGAAGAGCUCUUGGGAAGUUUGUUCAACUCAACCUGCUCAUUUCGAUUCAGAACACAAGCUUCUUUGGAUAAACGGCGGCUUACAAAAGUGCAAGAAAGGCUAUUACCAGAAAGACUUCGAAGCCCUUCGGUCACUUAGAGAACAGUACAAAACCCCAGAAGCUUUGCAUGACCAUUACCGAUCUCCAUCCAAGAUAAAUGGAGCUAUCAUUCCAAAACUGAAGCUGGGCUUCGUUCAGGAUAGAACAAAAGGAUGCAUUGGGUACGUAUGGUGUGCGUCGGUUCCUAAAGAUGAAGAAACCAAUGCCGUGGUCAGGUUUAGCCAGGAGCAGACCACUUUGAUCGAGCAAAUAGAACAGUUGUGGUACGGCGACGACUACAAAAAGUACAUAUAG